UUUAACAGGACAUUUAACGUUUGAAUGUAACUGGGUUUAACAGGACAUUUGACAUUUAAAUGUAACUGUUUAGUUCAAUAACCCUGGCAAAGCUUAAAAGUUAGCGCUGACGUUCACGUUUCACGACUUCUCACAUAACUAUAUAUUUUUAUACACUCACCAUAAACGAUACGUGUUUGUGACACGGUGUAUAAAUACGCACUACAACGAUACAUGCUAACAGGUCAAGGCUCCAUUGACAACAGUUUUAGAACUCGCAGAUACCACUAGUUACUAAUCAUUGGUCAGGAUUUUAAAACGUCCGGAGUCUAUGCAGAUGAAAUGGCUGGCCGUACAAGGCAUAUGUUGAACAUGUAGGGAAACCAUUGUCUAUAAAAGCCAACAUAGGCCUGAACCUCAGUCAUAUUGCCUUUGAACGCAAGAUUACUGUAAAUGCAACAACGGUGAUAUAAAAAAGGUCUUUGAAGUGAAGUUUUCCUUUGCUGUAAGACACUGAGGAAGACUGUUGAGUUCGCGUAGGUGUACUUGAAGUAAUGGUUAUGAGACUAAGGUUUGAGAAGAGACUCAGAACGCUUCAAAGCUCAGUGCAACUUUGUGGUGUAUGUUGCAAUAAGCUUACAACUAAACACCUGUUUUCAAGGAUUUCUCUUAGCCAGGGGGGAAGGAGAAGAUGUCUUGUCAUCCAUAUUGGAAAUAUCUCAUCAUCACAAAAAAAUUUCCCAGCAUCACAAGAAAAUGGUGUUGACAGAAAAUUUCCAAAUGUGAAGGCAGAAAGACAAAAACCACCGUGGCGAAUACUUUUCUUUGGAACGGAUGAUUUUUCUCUGCACACUCUCAAGGUGCUACAUUCAAACAGACAACAGCUGGACUACAAGUUGGUGGAUACUCUUGAAGUUGUCACUAAGCAGAAGUGUUCUGUGAGAAGGUUUGCCGAGGUAACUGGUUUGGUGACCCACGAUUGGCCGAUAUCCAUCACUCCCGAGAAGUUUGACGUGGGUGUCCUGGUGUCAUUUGGGAAGCUCAUUCCAAGCAAAGUUAUCAACAAGUUUGCAUAUGGAAUCCUGAACAUCCACCCAAGCCUGUUGCCCCGCUGGAGAGGAGCAGCCCCUAUACCCCACACCGUGCUGAAUGGAGACCAGGAGACUGGGGUGUCCAUCAUGCAGAUACUCCCUACCAGGUUUGAUCAGGGACCCAUUGUAAAACAAGUCAAGCUUCCAGUUCCUCCUGGGUGCACUACGCUUGAGUUGGCUCAGGGAUUGGGAGAAAAGGGUAGUCAAAUGAUUUUAGAGGUGCUGUCAGAUCUGGUGAGCCACUUAGACAACAGGGUACAGCAAAGCACUGAAGGCGUGACAUUAGCUCACAAGUUGAGUCGGACCAUGGCUUACAUCAACUGGGAAAGUCAGACAUGUCAGCAAAUUGACCAGCAGUACAGAGCCUUACAUGAACUGUUACCACUGAGAACAGAAUGGAAUGGAAAAGCUGUAAAACUCCUUGACAUGAUUAUCACAGAGGAUGACGUGGAGACUGCUGCAGAAGUGUUUUUCAAAACAAAGCACUUUUCACCAGGGCAACCAUUUUACAGAAAAAAAUCAAACAAACUGUACAUUAGGUGUAAGGAUGGCUGGGUUGGAUUUAAGAGUCUUAUCCUUAAGAAGCCAAUGACAGCCCAGGAUUUUGACUGCGGUUAUUUAUCAAAAACUUUGACCUACCCAGACAUGAAAUUUACCAGUGUUAAGAAUGGACUCUUCCAAAAAGACAGCUGACUAAACAUAAAUUUAAGUAUUUAUGUCAAAUUAAAUCCUUGCUAUAAAGAUUGCUUGUAAAGUGUUAUGAACGAACAAUGCGCAGAUUUUAGGGGAUUUGAGAUGACAUGCCUCUAGUGUCUUUUUUUUUUUUCUGUCUGUUCGCAGGUGCACUUUUGGCUUGUCUCAGCAAUUUACAAUGUACUAAUAUAUCAUAUCAGUUAGGGCAUGUGGGUCUGACAGCAGCCUGCGGAUGGUCAUGCUUUUCCGAUUGGUUAUGCCUGGUUUCCUCUCACCAUAAUGCUGGCUUGGCCAAUAAAGCAAAUAUUCUCAAGUAGCAAAAGGUGAAUGUUGUGUUGCUAUAUAGCCAGCAUGUUAUUAGAGAACCGAAUAACUGAUGUCAUUCUAGUUUAAUUUUUUUAAUCGAUCAUAUGUUCGGCUGUACAUGGGAAGAUCUGCCGGCGGCCUGCGGAUGGUCAUGGGUUUCCCAUGGGCUGUGCCCAGUUUUUUCUCCCACCAUAAUGCUGGCCGCCGUCGUACAAGUGAAAUAUUCUUGAGUAGUGCGUAAAACACCAAUCAAAUAAAUAAAUAAAUUGAUCGAUGAUAUGUACAAAUCAAUGCGUAUAUGGAGUAUAGAUAACGGGAGAACCCGAUAAAUCAAGCGUAGAAAGCAUCUCUAUGUAUAUUUCCACUCAGGAUCAGUGGUCAGUCUCGUACCUAACUCCUGGGGUACAUGCCAUGUAAUGUGAAAUCCUUCAUAGUAGCAAAUUAUCUUCAAAUAUGAUGGGACUGACUAAAAUCCAAGUAAAUGUAGGUGCUGCGUAAAAUUUUUGUUCCAAGGCAUGAUUUCGCCUUGAAUGAAUUUAGUUGCCCUACUCCAUGAGACAAUGUUUGUACCACGCCCACUUUGUUAUGUUUCCUUCAUGGAAUAUAUUUUAAUAAAAAAAAAUU